AUGGUCCUCCGGCGAGACAGGGGGUUGGUGCAGGCCACACGAACCCGCCGUAAAACACCAGUGCAGGAAGCACACGAUGCGAGCCGGACCAAUCGGCACGGAACUGGACCUCUUACGAGGUCCCACGAUUGGAAGCUCGGGACGUGGAAUUGCAGGUCUCUCAAAUUUGACGGGAGUAUCCGCAUACUUUCCGACAUACUGAGGGUCCGCAAGUUCAGCAUCGUAGCGCUGCAGGAGGUUGGCUGGAUAGGCGCGGAGGAGAUACAAGCGUACACAAGGAUUGGCUGUACAAUCUACCAGAGCCGCGGCGAAAACAGGAGGCUGGGGACAGCCUUUAUAGUGCUGGGCGAAAUGCGCGAUCGCGUGAUUGGGUGGACCCCGCUCACCGACCGAAUGUGCGUGUUGAGGGUUAAGGGCCGUUUCUUCAACAUCAGCAUCAUAAACGUGCACAGCCCGCACUCAGGUAGCGAAGAUGACGACAAGGACGCAUUUUACGAGCAGCUGAACUGGACGUACAAUAGCUGCCCAAAACAUGACGUCAAAGACGUUAUUGGAAAUUUUAACGCUCAGGUUGGUCAGGAGGAGGAAUUCAGACCAGUGAUAGGGAAGUUCAGCGCCCACGUACGCACGAACGAGAACGACCUGCGACUGAUCGACUUCGCCACCUCCAAAAACAUGGCCGUACGAAGUACCUGCUUCCAGCACAACCUCCGUGACAAGUACACCUGGAGAUCACCGCAAGGAACGGAAUCACAAAUCGACCACGUCGUAAUCGACGAUUCUACAAAGAAAUCCGGAAUCGGACACUUGGCCACGGAGAUUUUCCGGAACCUAGUGGGGCUUGACAUCCAACACCCCCUCUCAAUCCUAACGUCCUUCGUGACCUUCGUGUACAGACAGCAAUCGUACGGCGACCGCUUGAACCCCAGCUUGAGGAUGAACUGGUCGAACCUCUCGUUCCAGCUCCUUGGCGCCUGCUUCAAGCCGUACAGGGAUUUGUUUAGCUGA